UUGAUUUCUAAAACCAGAAGUAGUAACUUUACAUAUGUGAAUAUAAAUGAGUAAGACUUGGGCAGAGUUAACAACAUUUUUUGAAAUUAUUUUUUUUGCAAAAUCUCACCUAUAAGCAAUUCAAUAUUUCAAAUUCCUAUUAAAGUUCAAAUAAUUAAUUUUCCUUAAAAAAAUUCUAACAAUAACAAGGAUUUAUCUAAAUUGUAAAUAAAAAGUGAAAUUGAAAUUUUAUACAAAUGCAGUUGGUGGAAAGUCAAAACAUUAGUACAAAAUAUAAAAUGUUUGAAAAAAAAUAUAAAUGACAACAAAAUACUUACGGCAGAAGCAAGAUGAGGCACAGGAAACAAUUGGGUUUCAUCACUCUGCUUACACGUUUGGUAUAGAGUCUCAUAUAUCACAAAGCAACAUAAACGGAGCGCUUGUGCCACCAGCAGCGUUGCUCAACAUUCUUCAGAAGGGUCUACAGUACACAGAAGCUGAAAUCACUCUCGGAGAUGAUGGCACUGAAACACGACUAACUGAGAGCCUCAGUUUGAUAGAUGCUGUAACCCCAGAUAUAGUCUCUGCUCGGCAAAACGCUCACAAUGCCCAAAAACAGGCUAUAAAAGCUGAACCAGGAUCAGGUGGUGAACAAAAUGGUGUUGAUGGCACCACAUGUACAACAACUGGCUCAACAACUGGUGGAACGGCCACGCCUAGUGCUCCAGAAAAUAUGGAUGUUGACCAAUCUAUUGAAAUACCUGCCAGUAAAGCUACAGUAUUAAGAGGGCACGAAUCUGAGGUAUUUAUCUGUGCAUGGAAUCCUAGCACAGACCUCUUGGCAAGUGGUUCGGGAGACAGUACAGCUAGAAUAUGGGACAUGACAGACAAUCCAGCCACUGCUCCAAAUCAGUUAGUGUUAAGGCAUUGCAUACAGAAAGGGGGCACUGAAGUUCCUAGUAACAAAGAUGUGACCUCUUUGGACUGGAAUUGUGAUGGCAACCUAUUGGCAACAGGAUCAUAUGACGGUUAUGCUCGUAUAUGGACCACUGACGGGACUUUAGCUUCAACAUUGGGACAACACAAAGGGCCCAUUUUUGCUUUGAAAUGGAAUAAACGGGGGAAUUAUAUUUUAAGUGCUGGGGUCGAUAAGACUACCAUAAUAUGGGACGCUGCCACAGGACAAUGCACUCAGCAAUUCUCAUUUCAUUUGGCGCCAGCCCUUGAUGUCGAUUGGCAAACUAACACUUCUUUUGCAUCAUGUUCUACUGACCAGUGGAUUCAUGUGUGCAAACUUAAUGCUGAUAAGCCAAUCAAAAGUUUCCAGGGCCACACUAAUGAAGUGAAUGCUAUCAAGUGGGAUCCUCAAGGUCAAUUGCUUGCAUCAUGUUCAGAUGAUAUGACUCUGAAGAUUUGGUCAAUGAAACAGGACAAUUGUGUCCAUGAUCUACAAGCUCACUCCAAGGAGAUUUACACCAUCAAAUGGUCUCCAACUGGUCCUGGAACACAGAAUCCGAAUAUGAAUUUGAUUCUUGCUAGCGCAUCAUUUGACUCAACAGUUAGGUUAUGGGAUGUUGAACGAGGUGUGUGUAUUCAUACAUUGACUAAACACACGGAACCUGUAUACAGUGUUGCAUUCUCUCCUGAUGGCAAGUUCCUGGCUAGUGGUUCAUUUGACAAGUGUGUUCAUAUAUGGUCAACACAAACCGGUGGUCUUGUACACUCCUACAAAGGAACUGGUGGUAUAUUUGAAGUCUGCUGGAAUUCUCGUGGUACAAAAGUGGGAGCAAGUGCAAGUGACGGCAGUGUUUUUGUUUUAGACCUACGCAAACUCUAACUACAUAUAAUGUUCAGCUAAGUAGUAGUAUGUCUACAAGUCUGAUUAUUAGUCUGCAAUAACUAAAAUAAUAAGAUCCACAAAAUGAUGCCUUGUGAUUCAUUUUUUUUAUAAUGCACUGUGCCACUAUAUUAGUUAUCCUAGCUAUAAAUGCGAAAUUAAGUUUUUUUUUUUAUUUAUUUUUUGUUUGUCUCUUCACGCGUCAAUUUUCGUAAAGGACAUACGGUACUUUUCAUCCCGGUAAAAACUAGUUGGCGAUAAACCUAUAUUCUUUUGUAAGUGGCGCUGAAUUCGCACUGGCGAAACUACGGGUAAAAGCAAAUAAAAAAAAAAUUGUAGGUAUAAUUGCUAUCAAAAGUAGAUACUUAUCUUUAAAAAAUAUAUUACGUAUUUUUUUGGUAAUAUCCUCAUAAAUGAAUAAAGAUUAAAAAUAAACUAUCAAUUUAAUUGACCUAAUAGAUAAUAAAUGUUGAAGCCAUUAUUAAAUUUCCUGUAUUUUAAAUUCCCAAUUGUAAAUGGUGUAAGACCAAUCAAUAUACGUGUCACCGGAAAAUAACAAAAACCGCAAGUUAAUAAAUUUCCAAGGCAAUUUAUAAACUUUUGUAGUGUUCCAAACGAGAGACGAAUUGUAUUAUUUAACGUCCACAUUUCCGAUAAUUGAUAAACUUACCGAACUCGCACGUAAAAUAAUAAGUAAGUAAACUUAACAAAACGACAUGCGCUCUGAUUGGUUGAAUAAGUGACAUGUUCCUUCUCUUUCCUCUCCUCCACCAUUGAUCGCUACGGAGCAGCUCCGUAGCGAUCAACAACAAAAACACACGACAAACCUAUUUGUAUAAGCUGCUUAUACAAAUAGGUUUGUCGUGUGUUUUUGUUAAGAUUAUAAUGUUGCUGCUGUUUUGAAACUAAAAAUAGUUUUAUUUUUUUACUAAAGUAGACCAAUAAUGAGCGACUUAGAAACUGUCAUCAUCGACCAGUCAGAGAGCCGUGUGUUGUUUGCCGUGUUUUAUAGCGCCUGUGCACGUACUGAUUUGGCCUGUACAUUCUUGCGCGAGCGCCGUCGCUAUGCAAUGUCUCGCGCGAAUCUCAAACGAAAAGUGCUAUACACGAGAGCGAUCCUGUACAUUCUUGACUCAUUCAGUUACGACGAGCAACGGCGAGGACAUUGACGCUUUGCAAGUCAUAGCAACUGUAGCGCUAUUAUAAUUUAAGGCAUAUAUAUUAUUAGAUACAUAUAUUUAUUACACACAAAAAAAAGAUUUAAAAAAUGGGAACAGACGUGGUGGAUGAUUAUACGAAUACUUAUUCAAAAAAAUAGUCUUUUAUAUUGGUAGAUUAAAGUAUCUAUACGAAUACUUAUUCAAAAAAAUAGUCUUUUAUAUUGGUAGAUUAAAGUAUCUAUAAUUCUACAUUCUUAUCUCUACUAAUAUUAUUAAUAGGUAAAUAAACAUGUCUGUUACGUUUUCACGCCUUAGUCACUGAACCUAUUGAGAUGAAUUUUGGUACAGAGAUAAGAGUUGACCCUGAGGAAAAGCAUAAGUACAGAGUUUCGAUGAAAAAUCAAUAAAAUUAGUAGCAGAACGAAGGGUGAAUGUACAGGGAUGCACUCGUCUCCACUCGUGAGGAAAGCCAGGCCCUUUGACUCGCGCACAAAAAGCCAACACAAGAGCGAGAGCACUCGAGGAGGGCGAAAUAUCCUGUACAUUCUCGUCGUCGCAAGUCUCGUUCACCCUCGCCGAGAGUGUACAGGCGCCAUUAAAGAACCAUAUAAUUAAAAGCUCGUCUGUCGUUGGUCGAACCAAUUUGAAUCUUACGAAUGGAUAUCUGUUAGUUUAUAAAUUAUCCACGAAAGGUUGCUAAUUGAUAAAUUUGCGGAAAUACGGUCGUAAGAUACAAAACAAUAAACCCUACGUAGCUUACAAAAUUUACUAGAAAGUUUAUAAACUUGCGUUUCUUGUUAUUUUCCGAUGAUAUACAUACAUAAUGAAACUAUUCUCUUACUGAGUGACACAACCCAAACCUCUAGGUCUAGAGACUUGUGAAAUUUGGUAUGAAGGUUCAUUAUGUGGUCUCCGGAUCCACUAAGAGAGGAUUUCCCGAAAUCCUUACGAGAACGGGAAUUUAUGCGGGCGGAGCUGCGGGCGUAAUCUAGACGCUAAAGUGCUGGUCAAUUUAGAAAUCUUUUUUUAAAUUAUGACUUAUUUAGUGGCACAUUCCAAUGCGUUCAAAUUGUAUAAGUAUUGGUAGGUCCUAUUAUAAAUGAAUGAAGCUAUGAAAUGUAUAGCAUAAAAUAAAGAAUAAUUUUUUAUAAAAUAAAUGGUAA